AUGUACCGUGGAAGAGACAUUGCGGUCUAUCUGGAAAGACUUGAAGACUCUGGUGCUGAAAUGCCGCCCUUAAUGAACGCGAUGGCCCCCAAUGUUGUUAAACCCACAUAUUGUGUUUCUCCAUAUAUUUUGCAUGACCCUGGUAUUGAAGAUGGGGCACCGUUACGGCUACUCUUAGCAGCCAUCCUAACCAAAGAGGGCGUUGAAGAGCUGUUCGCUCUUCUUGGAUCUUCCAGUGUGGAGGAUCAGCUUAAAAACCUUUGGCUGAUGGGACCAUCAGCGCGUAAUGCUUUCCACCGGGGGCAGAUUUACAUUUUCAAGUUGUUGUGUCUCGAAAGUGACAAUGGCAUCCGGUCGACUCGGAACAAUAACGGGGAUCCCAAGAGUCAUCCCCUACCAACUGUAUUGCUCUUAAACUUUCACCGUCGAAUUUUUGUGAAUUUACACAUGCACAUAGUAGAACACGGCGUGCAAAGGGGAUGGGCACCACUCAAGCAAGGUUGGGCUAUUGGGUCCGUGGGAAUCUUCUUCCUCCGAAAUUUCCUAUCUAUUCUACCUAAAUUUGUUCGACUAGCACUUUACAAUUUCAUCGACCGGCAAUUAGAUUCCCGAGACCCCACACAAACAGAUCAACCAGUAAAGUACCUCCCACUCGGUCUUUGUCUUAAGAGAGGCCGUCGGUAUACUGAAAACGAAGCAAUUUCACUGCCCCUUGUUGAAAAAGACUCCCCAAUAAUAAACGCACCAAAACUGAUCGAUCAUGUCAGAAUCGACGAAUCCUCUGGUUUCGUUCUAAUGACACAAGUCUACGGACAUGCUCUUAACCAAGUCUACUAUCGAAUAACGCACGAGGAACUUGAACAGAUAGCAAAAGACUUGGCGCGGUGGAUAACGGAGCUGCGCAAAAUCCCUAACAAAUCGAAGCACCUCAUUGCAAAUGCAUCUGGAGGCCCAAUCUGCGACCACAUGUACGAAGGCCGCACACUAGGCCCUUUGAACUCAACGGCAGAAUUCGCCGACGAUCUCACUCAAUUCCUCUUUCAGCCCGAGCAGCAUAAACAUCAGCCGCCCAUUGCCACGCUAUACGAGAAGAGGGAUGGACGUCUGUUUGGACUAAUUGAUUGGGAAAAUUCCGGCUUCAAGCCAGAGUAUUGGGAGUUCGUUCGAGCCAUGUGGCCUUGUGGGGGUGAUAAACAUGACACGGCUAUCUACCGUCAAGCUUUUGGGGACAAGUAUGACGAUGAGUGGGAAGCGCUGGCGGGUCUUCUCCACAACAGUCCCUUUAUUUUUGGAUGGUAG